CGAAUCUAAGUUUUGUAUCAAUACCAUAUUGCUGAUGAAUGUAACUCAAUACACAACUGCUUUAUGAUUUCAUUUUUACCGAUCUAUUCAAUGUUUGUAUUUAUGUUAUAGUAUCUCUUUUUAUCUAUCCCGUUGUAAAAAAAUUGCAUUGCAUUGCAUCUACGUAUUCCCUCCUGAUAAUUUCCCUGUUAUCCUACUGAUAUAUUCUUCACUCAAUUUUACAAUGAAUUAUUAUGAAACCCAAACUAAUAUCCUUUUAAGUCUUCAUAUAUGUAUCAUUACUUUUUCAUGCAGCAGCUCCUACCAAAUUUUAGUGAUCAUUAUUCCAAAUAGGCUACAAGAUCAAUGUGUAAAAAAACGAUGCCUUGCGUCAACUCAAGACAGUGUCAAUGCAAAGUUAGAAAUGCAAUUUCUAGCUAAUCAUAGUUAAUCUAAUGGAGCACGCUUACGUUAAAACUAAAAAUUCCCUGACUGAGUACCUUCAAAAUGGACAAGUGAAUUCUAAAACAGAAAAGGCAAUGUCUGAUGAAUGAGUAAAAACGAAACACUUUGAUGUGAGAAAGCAGACAGUGUGUCUCAUUCUGACAAAUAUGGCAUCAUUGCAUGAGGCAUUUCCGUUGUCACAUAAAACUGUUCUCGUAUUGGAUCGCGGCGGAGAUUUAGCAGUGUCUUGUCAACAACCAAUUGACGUUGACCAGAUUACCAAGACCCGAACUCUGAUUCCGUUAGCGCCCAUCUCUAAGAGCCUCUGGACUUGUGCUGUUGAAAGUGCUGUGGAAUACUGCCGAAUCGUCUGGGACAUUUAUCCGUGUGGCCGCUUAGUGCGGUUUGUUAUGGGCGAUGGGGAUGAUUCGCGUUUCCUCAAUCUCUGGCAGGAACAGUCUGUUGCGCAGUUAAUGUCAGCGUUUGCAAAGAUUCCGCCUCCAUCCGCCACUCUGCGUAACAAGUUGGAUAUUGUGCGCGCUGUGGAGAUGGCUUUAGGCACAUUGUGUGAACCGUCAGAAGCACAACAUACACGCAGAACAGACCUGGAUCGAGCAGAUCGAGAAGUUCCGAACAAGGGCAGAGUCAUAGUAAUUACGCAAUUACAAGGAGAAUCCGAGAUAUUAAAGUUAGAGAAGAAACUCGCGACGACACUAAACAUCGUCAAUAAGGUGGCAUCCCAGGACGAUAAACAAAUUCCGCUGGAUGAAGUGGAAAUUGUGUUAAUACAUGCGUCACCAGGCUCUAAGGAAAUCUCUAUCGCCCCAACCAGACGAUUGUAUAAUAGUCCGCUACUUGCUAUUGAGAUUCAUAAGGUUACAUCGGGUUAUUUUCUUUCGGAGAAACUUUGUCAGCUAGUUCAAACUCAUUAUGAAUUAGCUAUUACCACUGUAACUGGCAUUCCUAUGAAGGAGGAACAAAAUGCAAACUCAUCAGCCAACUAUGAUGUAGAACUUUUACAUCCACUAGCAGCUCAUGCCGACUUUUUAAAAGACAAGGAUGGUUGCAAGCACGACUCCAGCAGCUACAGUAAGGUAACAUUGAAGUGGUGCACUCCCCGAACAGCGCCUACUCAAGAACUUCAACACUGUACAGCAGCACACCGAAUCACUCCUGUUGACAUCAAUUCGCGACCAUCUUCAUGCCUUACGAAUUUUCUACUCACUGGACGAGCGGUUAUGCUUGAACUACCGAGAAAAUCCGGUCAGAAAUUGUUGAGUCAUAUGUUAGCAAGUCACGGCGGAGAAAUCUACAUUCACACACUGGGUACCGGGCGUUCUGCUUUGGAGGAUCCACCGAGCAUAAGCGAGGGCAGCGGAGGACGGGUAACCGACUACCGUAUUACUGAUUUCGGCCUUUUUAUGAAAGAACAUCUUCUAAUACCCUACAACACCGAACCUCGAACUGGCCAAAGUCAUGAGAGCAAGAUGUCUGGCGGCGGCUGCAGUAAUGAUAACAGCUGCCCCACUCCCCUUGAGAUGACAGAAACUGCAAUUGCUCGUUCGACGCUUUAUUGGCCUUUGGUAAUUAGCGCGACCGCUGUGUAUAAUGUCCAAAGCCACCUCGAGCCUUUGCUAAGUAUUAUAGUGAAACCUCAAAUCACUUCUGAACAAGUGAUUGAGUGCAAAAAGGUGAUUCUAAAUUUGGUGAGCAUGGAAGCCAAAGGAACCGCUUUAGCCCUCUCGUCGGUCGCUGCUGUCGCUAGUGGUUUAGGGGGUGGCCGGUUUGCCAAAAGCGGACCUAGAAAGGAAGAACAUUACAGGGCUUUGUGGGCAGAAUUGGAGCAGUUAUUGAGACUUUACUGCAGUACAACAGAACAUGAGCAGGUGUUAGAUUGUUUGCUUGAAUGCAGAAGAACUGAAGGGCAUCAAGCAGGAACUCCAGGCACCGGAGCUCCAGGGCAAAGUACGGCGAACUGCAGUGGAGCAGGUGCAGGCGAUAUUUCAAAAAAUGGAGUGGCUGUAAGAUCCGAGCUAAAACCUGUUGGAUCUUACUCUGGAGACACUUCAGGAACCCCCUCAUCACCCUCUGAUGACCAGCGACCAAAAAGACUUCGAGUUGCUCCUGACCUUUUGGGAAAAACUUCAUUGCUUGGACUUAUCAAGGAGAAUCAAAGUCGCAAACCAGCGACAAGUAUGUGGCUUGGCCUCAACCCGGAGACCAGAAAGGCUACGCUUUACCAAAAUCUUAAAGAAAAACAAUUGCAACAACAACAACAGGCCAUUAAAGAAGAACAGCAGAUACAACAAAUCCAACAGCAGCAGCAAGCGGCAGCUUCUGUUGCCGCCGUUAUCCAACAACAGCAGCAGCAGGCUCUUCUUCCUCUAGGUCACUACCUUCACGUUCCGUAACUUCAGGCGCCUGCUGGUAUUCCUGCGGUCGGCCAGGAAACACGUAAUCGAGACAGGCGACAAUCAUAAGA